CUGGAAGUCGAUACCAACCUUUUUGCAAUCUGUGGUGUAUAACCAAAACUACACGGCGCGCCAGGCUCCGCUCCGGUCAAAACUAGUUUUAACACGUGGCAUAGCGCGUAGGGUGAUUCCCUAGGAUUUCUCUUGCAAAAAGUAAACUUUGCAGCAUUAUUCUUGGCCGGAAGCAACUCUGUGAUGAAGAGCGGUUAUAUAGAGCGGGAAGCACACCGCUGGCCCACCACCAGUAUUGACCCUCCAGGCUCAGGUAGUCCGCCAUUGGUCUAGGACGGUGUAAGGCUCGGCUGGCUGGCUGUGAAGAUUGGACCCAUGAAUCAGGUCGGUGGUGCUGGCGACGGGAUACCACCGCGGCAAAAUCAGAUGCGGGAUGUGGUGGACCGUGCCGCAGGGGUUGAUCCCAAGUUCAUGGUGCUGCGCAACAAUACUCGACAGAAGAUAUUCACGUAUAUAGAAAGGAAGCAACUAUCGGCUAUCUGGCGGCGGCGGCUGCCGGACCUCACGAGGCGGCUUGAGGGAAUCUUGUUUAGAGAAUACCCAAACAAGAGGGAGUACUACAAUAUGACGAAGGGGCCGAUUGAGCCCACCUUGCAGUUUGCCAUGAAGCUCUCGAGUGUUCAGAACCGGCGACAAGAACAGAACCGACAAUUGUCAAGGCAGAUAACAUGUUCCCCUCACUAUGGGACAAUGAUUGUGACACCUGGUAUCACACAAGGCGCAAGUGAAAUUUCUAGAAUGUCUUACGUGACAGGCAACAUUGGCCCUUUGUCGUCUGGUGCAAACAUGGUUCGGCAGAACGCCAGCAUGGGUACCUUGCUUCCAGAAGAAGCUCCUGAUGAACAUGUGAACACAGUGCUGUCACUGGGGAUGAACCCUACACACCAUGAUCGCCCCAGAGCAUGCAGCAACAACCUCGUGAUAGACACAGUGGAAACAUCUGAAACCAACAGACGCUUGGCACCCCGUGCACCAGUGAAGGAGGUCGCAAAGAAACCAAAGUUCAGCUGCCCAGUCUGCUGGAACGAGCUGACCAAUGCGUCAUCGACCAUCUGCGGCCACAUCUUCUGCCAGAAGUGCAUCAAGGCCGCCAUCCAGGCUCAGAACAAGUGCCCGACCUGCCGUAAGACGCUUACCAUGAAGGGGUUCCACCCUGUCCACCUUCCGACGAUGGACUGAAGUGAUCCAGCCAUUCUGGGCGCAGCAGUGCCUCAGGCACCCGUGUUCUUCUCCUCGCUGGGAUUGCGGCGAUUCUAUCUGCGCAGGGUUGCCAUUACCAUUCAGUUUCCUGCCCCAGAUGUGUGACUGGUAAUGUCGUGAUUCGCAGUUUUUGAGAUGCCGUUACCAACCAGUAUGUAUCCCUAGCGCUAAAUAAUACCGUACUCUGUCCGUCUGGGUUUAAUAAGGUAUGUUGGUUUUGUUGUAAGUCAAACCGGUUUGAGUUCUAUGGAUACAAAUAUCAACAUUCGCAAUACCAAAUAAAAUAUCACCAGUUCUACCAUAAAA